GAUUCGGCAGGGUUUCGACGUAGACGUGCGCUCGCGCUCUCUCUCAUUCACCUGCGAUCGCGAUGAUCUAACAAAAAAGAUUAAUAAGAAAACUAACUCGAUCUCAAAAACUAACCGCGAUAAUCUUAUCUUUUUUUUUUUCAUUAUUUUGAUUUAAAGUUAUUAAAAAUAAUUGAAUAAUUUGAUAAUAAUGUUUGUUCGCUUGGUGAUUUUUGCGUGUGUGUGUCGAUUGGCGGUCAAUUUCAAUCUGGAGGAGCGCAAUUUUCUUUUUCACAAAGGCGAAAAAGGAUCGUAUUUCGGUUACAGCGUGGCUCAGCAUAUCACCGAUAAAGAUAAAGAUCGCGGAGAGAGUUGGUUAUUAGUUGGAGCACCUUUAGGGCAAAACUUGCAACCAUUAACAAAUCGUUCAGGAGCACUUUUCAAAUGUCCAAUAACAUCCCAAGAAAAUUGCGAGCAAAUACGCACGGAUGGAAGACGACUGGCCGGCGGAAGGUACAAAACGUCCGAAGACGAAUACGAUGAGGAAGAAAACGACCAAUGUGAUGAUCUAUGUCCUCCAAAUCCGAAAGAAGAAUUGAAGGACGGCCAGUGGUUGGGAGUGGAUGUGAAAUCGCAAGGUCCUGGAGGUGUAGUCAUGGUGUGCGCCCAUCGAUACGCGAUGGGCAACAAAGAUGUUUUAUUAAGAGCCACUGGAUUAUGUUAUAGCCUUCACAACAGUUUGGAUUUUAAUGAACCUUAUGAGCCGUGUAAAGGACGUCCGAUGAAUAAUGAGCAUGAACAAUUUGGUGCUUGCCAAGCUGGAACAAGUAUAGCAGUUUUAGAUGAUGGAACAGCAGUUAUUGGUUCACCUGGUCCUUAUACAUGGCGAGGAACGAUUUUCGUGCAAAGUAUAGUCGGAGAUUUCCUUCAUAAAGAUCAAAGCGUAUAUUUAGGUCCUCUGGACGAUAACGAUAAACCAAUCGGAAAGUACAGUUAUCUCGGAAUGAGUGUAACCGGUGGUUAUUUCUUAAGUAAUAAAAAAAAAUCUUACGCAGCUGGUGCUCCCAGAUCGCAAGAUCACGGUCAAGUUUAUUUCUUCGAUAAACCAUUGCAAAGAGACAAACCGAUGGAUAUAAGUUUAAUUAUAGACGGGGAUCAAUUCGGCUCAAAUUUCGGUUACACCAUUUUAAGCACAGACCUCGAUAAUAACGGUUUCGAUGAUUUAAUAGUUUCGGCGCCGUUUUAUUUUUCAAAAAAUCACGGCGGGGCCGUUUACGUUUAUUCCAAUUUAACCGGAUGCGAGAGAGAACAGAAAUGUUCAAACCAAACCAUUUAUGGACCGUCCGAAUCAAGAUUCGGGUUCUCAAUGGCAGCUUUAGGGGAUAUUAAUAAAGAUGGUUAUAGAGAUAUAGCGAUUGGGGCCCCUUACGAAGGUGGUGGUGCUAUUUAUAUUUACUUAGGAUCGAGAGAUGGGUUGAAAUUGUCGCAAAAAAUUCAUCCUGAAAAAGAUGGAAUCACCACGAUUGGAUAUUCUUUAAGUGGGGGGUUAGAUAUGGAUAAUAAUGGAUACCCCGAUUUAUUAACUGGAGCUUACGCCUCUGAUGUUGUUAUUUUAUAUCGUACAAGACCGAUUAUUGACUUUAAAAUUGAUGUUAUCGAUCAUUAUAAUGAGUUGAAAAAUAUUAACCCGAAGAUUCGGGGUUGUCGAUUAGAACCGAGGUCUAAUCACACUUGUUUCCAUUUCGAGUUAUGUUUCAACAUAGUUGAUGAUAUGAAGAGUAAUUUGCAGAACGUUUCGGUGUUGGCGCAAUUAAACGCGGAAACUUUCGAUAAUAAAAAGAAAUUUUCGAGGGUUUGGUUCAAAAAGCAACACAAACACACUUUUCACAACUACGUGGAGCGACAUCAUAUUCUUGAGAAGGGGCGGUAUCGAUAUUGCCAAAAUGAAACCGUUUAUUUGCAAGAAACGAGAGAUAUCCUCUCACCUAUUAGAUUUUUAGUUAAUUACACUUUAGAUGAUAGCCCCCCGGAUUCCCCGAUUCUAAAUCAAACUUCAGUUAAAGAAUUCGAAGCUACAUUCCAAAAAGAUUGCGGAUCCGACGAUGUGUGUCAAAGUCGAUUGGUUUUGAGUGCUGUUUUGCCAGAUUUAAACGUCGAUAACGAAGGCCGUUAUGAUUUAACCUUGGGAAAAACCGACGAAAUCAUUUUACAAGUGAACGUAACGAACAACGGGGAAUCAGCCUACGAAACGGAGCUUUUUAUAAUCCACCCAAACUCGUUAAAUUACAUAGCGCUAGGAAAAUCGGACGAAAUAAAGUGCACAACAAAAAAUUCAACGAUGGUAACGUGCAGCUUGGGGAACCCCGUCCCAAAUAAAGAAUCGAUCAGCUUAAACUUCCGCUUUGAAAGCAACAACGCGGUUAACGCCGAAAAAGAACUAACAUUCUACACCUUCGUUAAUUCAACAUCAACCGAAUUAUCCAAAAAGACGAACGCAACAUUAAUCGCGUUAAUCCAAAAAGUGGCCGAAGUAAAAAUAAAAGGACUAGCGAGUUCGCACAUCCUUUUCGGCGGCGAAAUCCGAGGCGAAACCGCAAUGAAACACUUCGAUGAUAUCGGCAAAAAAGUUUGGCAUAAAUACCAAGUGGUAAAUCACGGCCCAUGGCACGUAGAAAACCUUCAAGUCUUAAUCAAAUGGCCGUUAGAAAUCGAAAAUAACCGCCCCCACGGAAAAUGGCUCCUCUACUUAGAAUCGCUUCCAAAAGUCGAAGGAAACGAUAAAGAUUUUUGCUACACCGAAGCUUUAAACGCCGUAAACGUUUUAAAUUUAACGAAACGCGCGGGAAGUACCGAAUCGCCGCCCGAAAAUUUAAUGCUUCCAAGGGAGAUCCCGAAAGAAUUUGAGACGCAAAGUGUGUUUUUACAACCGCAAGAUAAAACGAGACGGAGAAGAAGAGACGCGGAAUUUCGAAAGGUGCAGGAAGAUUUGGGCGAUCAAAAGAAAAGGGUUACUUUGGAUUGCGACGGAACCGCUAAAUGUAUCACCCUAAUUUGUAAUUUACAUCAAUUAGGGAAAGACCAGGAUGCCACGAUUACCGUUGAAUCAAGAUUGUGGAAUUCGACUUUAAUGGAGGAUUACGCUAAUGUUGAAUGGGUCAAAAUCAUUUCGAUGGCGCAAAUCUUUUUAAAAGAUUCGACUAUUAUGCAAAAUGUGGAUGAUGAUUUUGCAAAGGCUGAAACCGUUGUUUUCCCCGAAAUAAGAACCGAUGACAGUUUAAACCUUCUUGUGAUAAUCGGAGCCGUUCUUGCUGGUCUCCUCCUAUUAACAAUUUUAAUUGUGAUAUUAUACAAGUGCGGCUUUUUCAAACGUAAUCGAGUUAAGGACCCGACGUUGCAAGGAAACCUUCAGAAACAAAAUAGAGAGAGUGAAACUCUUCUACCACCUACAUAGUAUGAAGUGAAACCGAUAAAACUAUAUUAAAGUGCCUAUUUUUUAUAGUCGAUAAGUUAUAAGAUAUCUUUUUUCCUUUGUACAUAAAAGAAUCGAUUUUUUUAGGUCUCGAAAGCGUGUGCGUGUUGCGAGAAUCGGAUUUAAAUUUAGACAACGAAUUGAUUAUAUUUUUUUUAAUUUGUACUAGUCAUUAUUGUUUAAAAAGCGUUCUCUCGUUUUGCCAAUUUUUUGUACUUAGGCAGCUGAAUUACAACUUAGAUUUCAACUUAAAAAAGGUGCUCAUUAAGAUAUAUGUAAUUUUUAUACCACCUUAAAGCAAAUUUAUUUAUAUUCAGGUUCAUUUCGUUUCGCAAUAAAUAAAAUACUUUAGAUUUUAAGAUUUACUUUAUUUGAUUAUUAUUUUUUAAUAAUUAUUGUUCAAUGUACUUAUAAGAUUGUAUGUUUAUGUGAGAUGAGAGAGCGACCUUUAAAAAAUUGUUGUAUUUUAUAAAA